GUCUUCGGCUAAGUCAACAUGGGGAAACACAAGUCUGACAAGCAGGACGGCGAAAACCUCAAUGAAAGUCAACUAAAUAAUGGUGAAGAAGGUGAAUUGAGCUAUGAGGAGAAACUCGCCUUCACCAGCAUCAUCGCCCAGCCCAUGUCGUCAAAGAAGCUGGCUGGGAGGAUUUACAAAUUGGUGAAGAAAGCUUCCCAGCACCAGGGGUACCUGCAUGAUGGUCUGAAGGAAGUCCAAGGAAAGAUUCGCAAAGGGUCAACAGGAAUUGUGAUAUUUGCUGGUGAUGUAUCCCCAAUAGAAGUAAUGUGUCACCUUCCUGCUGUUUGUGAAGAGAAGGAACUGCCAUACAUAUACACACCUUCCAAACAAGACUUAGGAACUGCAAUGGGACGGAAGAGAUGCUCAGUCAUGGUGCUUAUUCGGGAGCACGACGAUUAUAAGGACUUGUAUGAUAAAGUACUUGAAGAAAUUAACAAAGUGCCCAAAGUAUUUUAGGCAGACUUUUUGUUAGUGCUCUGCUAGAUUUGUUUUCUUUUAUAUUUUCUCUUUAUUUUGUAUUAUCUUGAAAGUAUGCCGAUUACUUUUGUAUACACAAGUAUUUCUUAACAUUCCUUGUCAAUGUUUAUUAAUUUUUCAGAAGUCAGGAGUUCAGUUCAAGAAUUUUUAUUUUGUUAUGAUCUGGGUUUCUUUAUUAAUUGUUUCAAAUUAUAUUCCCACUGUGAUGAGAAUUUUUAAGAAAUAUUUGUUUGUUUUCAUAGGUACUUCAUUUUCAAGUACAUAUUUGUAUAGAAUAAGUAUUCAUAAUAAAAAAUCUUUUAAAAAUUAA